GUCGCAGAUUGGCGGCACAGUUCAACUGGAAUACGGUGCACUCCAUGAUGCUACCAACGACAGCCUGGCUAUUGAUGGCACUGCUGGCGCUGCGGGCGGGCCUGCUGCUGGCUGACGAGCAGCUGGAGCUGGCGGAUUAUGCAACAGCUGGCAGCGAGGACAUCUAUUUGCAGCCCAACAGCGGACAGUGGGAGGAUUACAAGGAAUAUGCCGACGAUGAGGAGGACGAGCAGACGGAGGAGGACUCCGUGGAGGAGCAGCCACAGGGCGACAACAUCGAGGCCGUCGGCCUGGAUGAGAGCAACUGCGAGUAUAGCUGUCCGCGCUACUACCGUCCCGUCUGCGCCAGACGCAACGAUAACCAGCUGAUCACCUAUGCCACGCCCUGCGAGUACUUCAAUCAGCUGCGCUGCGCCAGCGUCGCCCGCAGCCAGGGCAAGGAGGCGCCCACCUAUGAGCUGUUGUAUCAGCAUGCCUGCAAAGAGAAUAGACGCUGACAGAGAACUAUGAAAGAGAAUUGGUUUUUUUUUUUUAUAUGAUGAUUGAUUGUGUGCGUGACUGAGAGGAAGCAAGCCUGGAAUGAUGUAGUUUUAAGUAAAGCAUGUUUUUUUUUUCUUAUCUAAUCUAAUAUUUUAAGAUUAUUAAUUGAUUGAUUGAUUGAUUGA